CUGGCUGCGAGGCCACUGUGACCGAGGUACAAUGACAGCCAGGAGGACUGUGACCCAGGGUGGCUGCUGGUGAGGGGUCUGCGACCCCGGAGCAGUAAAUGCGAGGGACUCUGACCUCGGAGAGCACGAGGCAGAGGCUGCGACGGCGGGACCAUGACCGACAGUUAAAAGAAGAUGGAUGCACAGUGUUCAGCUAAAGUCAAUUCGAGGAAGAGGAGGAAAGAUGCACCCGGCCCUAAUGGAGCAACAGAGGAGGAUGGCAUUCCUUCAAAAGUGCGGAACUGCUCAGUCGGCUUACGGCAGCCAGCGCCCUUUUCUGAUGAAAUUGAAGUUGACUUUAGCAAGCCCUACGUCAGGGUGACUAUGGAAGAAGCCUGCAGAGGAACGCCUUGUGAGCGGCCUGUGAGAGUUUAUGCGGAUGGAAUAUUUGACUUAUUUCACUCUGGUCAUGCCCGGGCUCUGAUGCAAGCAAAGAACCUUUUCCCUAAUACAUAUCUCAUUGUGGGAGUCUGCAGUGACGAGCUGACCCACAACUUCAAGGGCUUCACUGUGAUGAACGAGAACGAGCGCUAUGAUGCGGUGCAGCACUGCCGCUACGUGGAUGAGGUGGUGAGGAAUGCGCCCUGGACGCUGACGCCCGAGUUUCUGGCGGAGCACCGGAUUGAUUUCGUAGCCCAUGACGAUAUCCCCUAUUCUUCUGCGGGGAGUGAUGACGUGUAUAAGCACAUCAAGGAAGCAGGCAUGUUUGCUCCGACACAGAGGACAGAAGGUAUCUCCACAUCAGAUAUCAUCACCCGCAUUGUCCGUGACUAUGAUGUAUAUGCAAGACGGAACCUCCAGAGGGGCUACACUGCCAAGGAGCUCAAUGUCAGCUUCAUCAACGAGAAGAAAUACCACUUGCAAGAACGGGUUGACAAAGUGAAGAAGAAAGUGAGGGAUGUGGAAGAAAAGUCGAAGGAGUUUGUGCAGAAGGUGGAAGAAAAGAGCAUCGACCUCAUCCAGAAGUGGGAGGAGAAGUCCCGAGAGUUCAUCGGCAGUUUCCUGGAAAUGUUCGGUCCAGAAGGGGCACUGAAACACAUGCUGAAGGAGGGGAAAGGUCGGAUGCUGCAGGCCAUCAGCCCCAAGCAGAGUCCCAGCAGCAGCCCUACUCACGAGCGCUCCCCAUCCCCCUCCUUUCGAUGGCCCUUCUCUGGCAAGACUUCCCCGUCUUCCUCCCCAGCCAGUCUCUCUAGGCGCAAGGCUGUGACCUGUGACAUCAGCGAGGAUGAAGAGGACUAACUUCCCAUCCCUGUCCCCUCUCCCUCCCCCUGCCUGUCACCUCCAGAAGCUCUCGGUGGAAUUCCAUCCUGUGAUCCCAACACUAAACCCAAGGACAGCUACAAAGAAAAGACGAAGGGGCAGGAUGACCUGGGCAUGGGGAACCAGACUGCCUGUGCGGACAGCCUCCGCCAGCAACACCCCGGAGGCUGAGCACAUCUUAGAAGCCUGCUCUGAUCCAUCCUCCCUCCCAGAGCUUUGCUUUACCGUUUAUGUCAUGUAAUCUUGACAGGGCAAUUGUCAUUUUUAUUAAUUUUUUAAAAAUUAGUCUUUCAAAUAUAGUAAGUAGAACUAAUUUUUUGCCCCUGAGGAGUGGGCAGAAGAAGGAAGCGUGUAAUACCCAGAGGCCUUUCUUCCUGAUACACUAGUGCUUGCCUUCUGUUCUGAAGGAAGUGGCUUGCCAGAUCCUUCAAACAAAGAGCCAUGCUGAUGUGUAAUGUGGCGAGACUAUUGCAACUUUUACUUCCCUAAAGUAUCUAGAACCUGCAUCAGCUCCAAAUCCCCCGAGUGUCCCAUGGCUGUGGAGGGGGAUCUGAGCCUCACUUUUCUUACUCCCUGGGGAGUUUCUUGUUGGACCCAGUGGGGUCCAUGCAAACACUGAUGGGGACGGAAGCAAACCACAGAGCGUCCCGUGUUCAGAAAAUUCUCUUGCCCAGCUAUUUGGGAGCUCUUGUCAAUCUCUUUCCUGCAACGUACCUGUAAAGGAAGGAACACUGAGGGCUGCUGGGAUUGCAGAGGACAGUGGGGUGGACUCAGUCCAGUGCAAGGGCAGUUGUGGUCGAGUUCCUGUUGGGAAUACAUCCCUCACCCUGCAGCUGCCAUUUCAGCACCGUGCCUGGCUUGAUACAAAGGAUGCUUUGUACGUUUCCAGUUUGAACUCGACCCAUUAACCCAUGUUGCUUACUGCUGUAUUUAACACUUAGAUUUUUCACCGAGCACACAGACAAAAGCAUCAGAAAAUACUUUGAUCUCUAAAACACUCUUAUUGACCUCUGCCCCUCUUAACAAUGCUCUUGGGUCAAAUCAGUGGCUCACAGAGGCUCUUUAUCCUCUAAGAGCUGCACCUGGCAGGGACUUCCUCCACUGCCCCUCCAGAAGGCAUGGGCUAAACUCCUAACAUGGAGGUUGGUGCCCCUGACCCACCUGUGUGGGGGUUAGGCUUCCACUGUGACUCCGAGAGGAAACAGAACUGGAAUUUCAGAUCAAAGGAUGCUGAUUCUCGACACUUGCUGUGGAGGAUGAGCUGAUGCUUUCGGUCCCCUUGCCUCUCAUCUCAGCUACAUGGCCCAGCAAGUGUCUCACUGUCAGUUAUCCUGCCGUGGAGUUCAGGGCAAAAUUGUUUAUUCCAGGACCUACUUGUUGUCACUCAUAAAUACCCCUUGUGGGGGUGGAGCUCUAGUGUUUUCAGCAAAGAAAACCACAUUUUCUUUUUCCUUGUACCUCCGUUAGGACUGUGAGCAUUUCAUAGCCCUCUGCAGACACUUUCUGGUGGAAGCUCUGUUGCUGCCUGAGGGUCUGAGGCUCGCACCACGACAUGCCUGCAUGGCAGGCCUACCUAGGCUCCUCAACUCUCUCCCAGGCAGGCAGAGCAGAGGAGGGGGUCAGAGAGGCACACUUUGGUGUCCCGAUGGCCUGGGGAAGCUCCAUUCCUAACUCCUCACACAGUGCUGUUUUCACUGUCAGAUCUGAUCCACAUGGCCUUGGCCUGGAAUCCCUUCUCAAACCUGUUGAAAUGAGUGUUUUCUCAUGUUAUGUAGCGCUGCAUAGCUCAUUCUGACUUUCCUACUUUGGUCUUCAAUUUGGCGAUCCGUCUCUCUCUGCCUUAUUCUCCCGCGUAUACAAAAGUGAUGACAUCACGACUAACAUUCACCUGCUUGUUCCCACAGUGCAUGUCACCCGAGCUACUGUGGGAAUGGAAAGGGGCUCAAACAUCAGAGCCUCUAGGCUGACGAGAGGUGUGCCGUAGCCAGGACCAGCCUAUGCUCGUGUUCUCAGAAUGCCCCUCCCCCUUUCCUGGCUCCUAACCCUCAUAGGCUCAGAUAACCUAGACACGAGCAAAAGCAUCUAGGGUGUGGCAGCAUGUUAGGUACUUGAGGGUCAGUGUGCUCCCAGGUGCUAGAAAAAGGUGCUGUUGGGAUGCUGCACUGCCGGCCGCUUGUACCUAGUCAAGUGUGGUUAGGCAUUGGAUGUUGUGUCUGACUGUGAUCCGCACCUCUUCCCCGUGCGGCCUCAGCUGUGGAGCUCUCCCUGAGGCCGGAUAAGAAAGCAAGCCGCAUGGAAGGGUCGGAUGGCGAGUUGUUUGGCCUCUCAGCCUCUGUCGUAGGAAGUGCCUGCAGACAGGAGUCUUCUAGCUGGUGCAGAGGAGAGGCCAGGAUAGCAGCUAAUCUGCUAAUCUGGACGGGGGCUGGACAGGCACAUUGCUCUUUUCAUAGACUAGGCUGGAGACUGGAGAAUAGAGGUUGCCACAUAAAGCAGAAAUGGGUUGCUGGUGCCUGCAGCUCGGGAGAGCUAAGCCAAAGACCCUUUGCAGACUUGAGGAAGGGACUCAAGAGUUGAGAAGGUUGAAGAUCCCAAGGAGGAGGAACAGAGAGACCUCCAGCACUGUAGCUCCUCUCACUGUGGCCGCACAUCUGGCCAGUUGUCUAGGACAAUCCUCCACGGUGGCUCGUCCCAGUGCUUUGUCACUGUCCCCAGCCCAUGUUCACUCACGUAAUCCACAUUCUGGAGCCUGUCGUCUUUGAGAUCUGUUCUUUAUCAACUUUUCGAUCCUUUCUCAAAUCAGUUCUGUUUCCCUGCUUUGGUUUAAUCCCCUAAAGCCAUAGCUUCUAGAUUUCUGUCAGCAUCCAUGUGCCGAAAUUGAACCCACACAGGGGUUCAAAGAAAGCUUCCUUAACGUUUUUAAAACUAAUGGUAUUUUUUUUAAGCUUACCAAUAUAAGUAUUUUUAAAGGUUGUAUUUUUCAAAGUCAUAACAAUGAUUGUUUUCUCUCACAGAAUAGAUUAUCAUGGGAUAAAGAAUGGUCCCUAGCUUCUAUUUUUCAGAAUAAAUAAGUAUAACAUGUCCUUGGACUUAAAUACUAUUAAAGGUUAAUUCUCCUAAAAGAAAAAAGAAAUGUAGUCUGUCUGCCAGAAUUUGUCAGUCUGAGACUGGGGUGGAGAACAGACAUGGCAGUAUUAACAUUUGGGUGGCCAGGUUGGGUUCUACCUGGUUUGAAGUGAGCAUCUUCCACCGCCUUGGAGGAACUACCUGUUGUAAACAGAAUUGAUUGCUUAGGUGUUCUGCUGAACAGCAGACUCUGUUGGGAGAUCUCACCCGAGCCUAUCGCCAGUGUGAGUCCAUGGGGAGUUUGCUCAGAGGUCAGUGUGUCACGUUCCUGUCUGAUAAUCUGUCCAGGUAUUUUGGCUUUUGUCAUUUAGCCAAAUAAAGGCCACUUGGUUUUGCCUGGUG